AAAGUAUAGAUAGUUCGUUAACGACUCUGAUCGUGUACCAAGCUCGUAUUAUUCGCGAAAGAUUUUCGUAUAUUUUUUAUUUAUGUAAACUCAAAGUCAAAAGUUCUGAAGGAGGUUCUGUGGUGCAAAAAUUAUUUUAUCAAGUGUACUUUCAGAUAAUAAACAUUUUGUGAAAAUAAAUCGUGCAUACAGAUGUAAGAAUCUUCUAUAAUGAUAAAACUUACAGGUUAAAUUUCAUAAGGAUAAAAGACAUGUAUCGAGCUCCAAGCUUAUUGCUGUCUAGUAAUACUGCAAUGCCUCAAACACAUACUUUGACGCACAAACAAAAAUGUUCUUAUUCUUAUUAUGAAUGCAUGCAACCUUGCUUAGAAGUUUAUUCUUACUGCCCAAAGCAUAUCUUAGAAGAUCCAAAUGCUCCAUACACACAAUGUAAUUAUAUUUAUAGUAUAAAUGGUCGCAAAUGUCAAAAUGCUGCACAUAUUCUAGAUAAAAAAGAAAUAUCGUAUUGUCCAGAACAUACACGAAGAGCACAAAUUGCUCGUACCAAAUCUGCAUCUAAGCAUUCUUUACCAGAGAGUCCUGAAACAAUACUGUUAGGUCUCAAGCAUUAUGUCAAAUCUUCUGACUCGCUCAAAGCAAGUAUUAAAAUUGAGUCCAAUGAAAACCAACUGACAGAACCCCAAGAAAAAUCAGAAAUUCUAAAUCCUUUUACUCAAAUGAAACCUCAUGAAAUAAAUGCAAGAGGACCAGAUAUUCUAGACGAUGCAAGUUCAUCAGACAGUGAUGUUGAACCUACUUGGAUUAAUGAAACUGUUAGAGGUAUUUAUUUUGAAGAUAGUGACAAUGAAAGCUUACAUAGCCUUGAAGAGGAUCCUCUCAAACAUGCGGAUGUAUAUACUACAGAAGAAAUAGUUUAUAUAACUAAAGAAAAAUUAAUACGAUUACAAACCUUGUACAUGGAUCAGUAUAAAAAACUACAAGCAACUUAUAAAGAUAGAAAAAGAAAAUAUCAUCAAGCUUUAAAAAAAGAAAAGGAAACUUCAUGUAGUAUCCAUGAUCAGCCUAAAGAUACUGCGAAAGAAAAAAAAAUAUACCAAAAGUUUAAAGCAUUGAACAAUUAUCAUAAACGUAGUGGGAUUGAAGCGAUAUUGCAUAAAAAGUCGUUAGAGCGUAAAGCAAAAAUUUCUGAUGGACCAAUACAAAAAGGCCCUAGUGUUCAAAAAUGUAUUUUUACUGAAGGAGGAGUUAAAUGUGGUGACCGAACUCUUCCAUCUUCUAAAUAUUGUCGAAAACAUAUUUUGAAAGAUCAAAUGCAAGUUUUAUUCAAAGCUUGCGGAGCUGUUGAGGGGGAUACUGAAUGCCACGAACCUGUAACUGUUAUAUUUGAUAAAUAUUGUGUCUUCCAUUCCAAAGUUCCUUCUGACUUCAAAUUAGAACCUACAAAGUUUAAAGAUGUAAAACCUCAAUGGAAGGAAGACUUCUCAACUGAUAAAAUGAAGAUGGGCAUAAGUGAUUUGGAAGGUAAUCAAGAAAUAGAUCCUGACGAUGAUAUUGCUGGUAUAAUGCGUGAAAUGAAUGAUAUUGAAAAUAAAAAAACUAUGCUGAAUGAUAGUUUAAAUAGUGAAGCAAGUACAGAUACUGCUUUUAGUCUAAAUGCUCAAAUGAGUGACAGGGAUGAUUUAGUAUAGUACAAGUUGUUUAGAUCUUUAACUUGUAAAAGUGUACAAAUGUAAAUAUGGUGUUUUUAAUUGUAAUAAUUUAAUUUUUUGAAGUUUAUAAGAACAUAAAUGAGUUGAAAGUUAUUUUUUUAUCAUUCAAUAGGUAUUUUUCUUAGAUUGAAAAGCAAAAUGAAUCUGAGAAAAUGUAAAAAA